GUUUGCGUUCUUUGAGACAGCAAGUCAUGGCAUGGGGGGCUACCUAGGCAAGUAGCUGAUGUCACGUGCCGUUAACUCGGGCCGCCCCCACCUCUACCGUCACGUCCUUUCCCCUCCAUCUGUCCCCAUCUAUAUCAUCCUCCUUUCGAUCACCGAUGGAACUCCUCAAAGGACAGAAUGCUGAAGCCAUCGCCCAUCUCCAGAGUCGCAGCACCUACCAUUGACCUGCUGCUACCUUGGCCUCUGAUGGCGCGGCGGCGUGGGGUAAUGCUACCGUUCACCUUCACCUGGCUGACUUCAGGGACUCUACGUUUGCACAGUCGGGCCGAGGGCUGCGCCGCGGUCAAGAAAAGUCAGCCGCCAUUUGAAGGGCGAACACCAGGGACGUGAAUAUAUUAACUUUGUUAACUACUCUUAAAGACAGCGUUGACUGCACAACCCAACCCUCAGCAUCCGGAUAUCUAUCACCAACCAUGCGGUCUUCCAUACCUCCCGGCUCAUCCCCUCCUCGAGGUCCGCCACAGGGGUACCGCAUGCCGCGGGGACAGCCUUCACAUCCUCCAGGACGCGGCCCUCCUCCACAUCCACGAGAACCACUGGAAUCGCGCAGGCCUCCACCGCGUCCCGAGUUUAUUAUAAUCGGCCUGUUCGCCCUCCGACUCGCAAAGCGCCUCAUCGAGGGCCUGGACCGCUACGAAGAACGGGAUCCAGAUAUCAUGUGGUUGGCCAACUUCCUCGCAGCCUACCCCACCGAUUACGCUCUCGCCAGGAUCUCAGGGGCACGAAUGGACGACUAUGUCACCCGCUAUCCCGCCAUCAUGUCGCGGUUCAAGAAGCAACCUCGUUACCCAGUGAGGUUCAUGCAGUUGAAUCCGGAUCGUCGGGUUGCGGAUCGAGCGUUGACGGACCGUAAGUGAGAUGGAGCACGUAGUCCUCAGGAGGGAGUACUGAACAAGUCCCUAGGAGAGGCACUGGAUAUCAUCGAUUUCGCGGAUGCCGCGGGCGAGUGGGGUUCUGUGGUAAAAAUCCCUGCCCACGAGGCCGACCGCAUGAUUGCCCUGGCUGAUAGGCGGAGGAUUGCGGAGUAGUUUGGUAUCGGAGUGAAGGAGAGCUCUGGCAGCUUUGAUGUUCAUUAUGGGAUGAUUUCACAAGAAGGGUCUUGAUGAAUGUGUUCCAGUUUAUGAUUUCCGUUGAGUAGCUGCAGUUACGUGACGAGGCCUUUUCAAUGGAACUGACAGUUUGCAUCGUAGGCCGUCGCUUGCGAGUCAAAGCCUUCACAAGCCCCCCUGA